ACGCUGCUCCGUGUUUUCCAUCCAACGUUACAGAAGCUCACGGCAGAGACGCUCGCUGUCUGUAAACCUUUGUUCAUCUUUGACGGCCUGGAUGAAAGCAGACUUUCUCUGGACUUCAACCACAGGAAGGUUGUGUCAGUCACACAGAGCUCAUCAGUCAACGUGCUGCUGACAAACCUCAUCCAAGGAUCUGCUUCCUCUGCUCUCGUCUGGAUAACCUCCAGACCUGCGGCGGCCAAUCAGAUCCCUCCUACGUGUGUUGACAGAGUCACAGAAGUACGAGGCUUCACUGACGCCCAGAAGGAGGAGUACUUCAGGAGGAGAUUCAGUGAUGAAGAGCUGUGCAGCAGAAUCAUCUCACACAUCAAGACAUCCAGGAGCCUCCACAUCAUGUGUCAAAUCCCAGUCUUCUGCUGGAUCAGUGCUACAGUUCUGGAGCACAUGUUGACCACAGACCAGAGAGGAGAGCUGCCCAAGACCCUGACUGACCUGUACUCACACUUCCUGCUGGUUCAGACAAAGAGGAAGAACAACAAGUACGGUGAGGGACAUGAGACGACUCCACAGCAGCUGACGAGGGCUGACAGGGACGUUCUCCUGAAGCUGGGGAGGCUGGCGCUUAAACAUCUGAGGGAAGGAAACAUCAUGUUCUACCAAGAAGACCUGGAGCGGUGUGGUCUUAAUGUCACAGAGGCCUCGGUGUACUCAGGAGUUUGUACUGAGAUCUUCAGAAGAGAGUGUGUGAUCUUCCAGAAAUCAGUCUACUGCUUUGUUCAUCUGAGCGUUCAGGAGUUCCUGGCUGCAGUCUACAUGUUCCACUGUUACACCAAGAGGAACACAGAAGAACUCAACAACUUCUUGGGAACAUAUAGGAAGACAGACAGUACCUCCUCCCUGGAUGACCUCCUGAAGAGAACCAUGGAGAAAUCCCUCACCAGUACAAAUGGUCAUCUGGACCUGUUUGUUCGCUUCCUUCACGGCCUCAGUCUGGAGUCCAACCAGAGAGUCUUAGGAGGCCUGCUGGGUCAGACAGAGAACAAUCCAGAGAUCAUCCAGAGAGUCGUCAACAACCUGAAGGAGAUGGACAGUGUUAACAUUUCUCCUGACAGAAGCAUCAACAUCUUCCACUGUCUGACUGAGAUGAACGACCACUCAGUUCAUCAGCAGAUGCAACAGUUCCUGACGUCAGAGAACAAAUCAGAGGAGAAACUCUCUGUCAUCCACUGCUCAGCUCUGGCCUACAUGCUGCAGAUGUCAGAGAAGGUUGUGGAUGAGUUGGACCUGGAGAAGUUCAACACAUCAGACCAGGGUCGACGGAGACUGAUCCCAGCUGUGAGGAACUGCAGGAAGGCUCUACUCCGUGGAUGUGGAUUCUCAGAGACUCAGUGUGAAGUCGUGGCCUCAGCUCUGAAGUCAGACCCCUCACAUCUGAGAGAACUGGAUCUGAGUUUCAACGACCUGAAGGAGUCAGGAGUGAAGCUGCUGUGUUCUGGACUGGAGAGUCCAAACUGUCGA